AUUUAAGCCGCUUCCCUGGCCGUCACAAGACAGAGGCAGGCAUGGAAUCCAUCCAGGCCCUCCUGCUGGCCCUGGCCCUAGUACCCUACCAGCUCAGCAGAGGGCAGUCUUUCCAGGUGAACCCCCCUGAGCCUGAGGUAGCUGUGGCCAUGGGCACAUCCCUCCAGAUCACCUGCAGCAUGUCCUGUGACGAGGGUGUAGCUCGGGUGCACUGGCGUGGUCUGGACACCAGCUUGGGCAGUGUGCAGACCCUCCCAGGCAGCAGUAUCCUCUCUGUACGGGGCAUGCUGUCAGACACAGGCACUCCUGUGUGCGUGGGCUCCUGUGGGAGUCGAAGCUUCCAGCACUCGGUGAAGAUCCUUGUGUAUGCCUUCCCAGACCAGCUGGUGGUGUCCCCGGAGUUCCUUGUACCUGGACAGGACCAAGUGGUGUCCUGCACGGCCCACAACAUCUGGCCUGCAGGCCCGAACAGUCUCUCCUUUGCCCUGCUACUGGGAGAGCAGAGACUGGAGGGUGCCCAGGCCCUGGAACCAGAGCAAGAAGAGGAGAUGCAAGAGGCUGAGGACACACCGCUGUUCCGAAUGACACAACGCUGGCUGUUACCCUCCCUGGGGACCCCCGCCCCUCCUGCCCUUCACUGCCAGGUCACCAUGCAGCUGCCCAAACUGGUGCUGACCCAUAGAAGGGAGAUUCCAGUACUACAGAGCCAGACCUCACCUAAGCCUCCCAACACGACCUCUGCUGAGCCCUACAUCCUGACCUCAUCAAGUACUGCUGAGGCAGUCUCCACUGGGCUCAACAUCACCACCCUACCUUCUGCCCCUCCAUACCCCAAGCUUAGCCCUAGGACUAUGAGCUCUGAGGGACCUUGCCGCCCGAAAAUCCACCAGGACCUGGAGGCAGGCUGGGAGCUACUCUGUGAAGCAUCCUGUGGGCCCGGAGUUACUGUGCGCUGGACCUUGGCUCCUGGUGACCUGGCAACCUACCACAAGAGGGAGGCCGGGGCCCAGGCAUGGCUAAGCAUGCUGCCCCCAGGUCCCAUGGCAGAAGGCUGGUUCCAGUGCCGCCAGGACCCUGGCGGGCAGGUGACCAGUCUGUAUGUUCCUGGCCAGGUGACCCCGAAUCCCUCCUCCAUCAUCGCCCUAUGGAUUGGCAGCUCGGUGCUGGGGCUGCUUGCACUGGCCUUCAUUGCCUACCGCCUGUGGAAAUGCUACCGGCCAGGUCCUCGCCCAGACACCAGCUCAUGUACACUCCUAUGAAACUCCAUUAUGCCAGACUAAAGGAGGCAGAGUGUGACCAGCUACAGGAUUUGGGGCAUCAAGAUGAUGGUGUGGCCCCUUUCCUUGGUGGUCAGCACAUCUAUGAGUUUCUCCCGACUUCUGGGCUUUUCUGCCUGCUGGCCCAGAGCUAAAUAAAAGCCCGUAUCUAGCCAC